AUGUAUGAUGAUGUGGUUUAUCAUGUUGUGUCAAGGAUUGAUCAUGAAAACGAUAAUAAUAGUAUUGCUAGUAACGAUGAUGAUGAUGAUGAUGAUGAAGUGUCACCGUUUUCGUUCAUAUUUGAUAAGAAUCUCAGUACGUGCCCACUAUUAUCCUUAUCUGCACCCUUAUUAUCUAACGAAAAAGAAGAACAAUUCUCGUCUUUUAUUCAAUAUAAACCUGACGACAAUCAUCAUUAUCGUCCAUCAUUAGUUAGUUUUUUACAUCGUCAACCACUUGGUUCACAUUUAGCAACAACACGUUAUUAUCGUAUUGUUUUUCAUUGUAAUAUUUUACCUGGCUCUCUUUACCUUCGAUUUUCGAAAAGAAAACCUUUUCGUACUGUUGUUCAAAAUCGACAAGAUCCUUCAACUAUUUUUGGCUUUCGAUCAGUAGGUGCCUAUAGUCGUGUUCAAAUUCAAAAUCAUCUAUCUGGUCUAUGGUUAUGUAUGAAUAAAAGAGGACAGAUAGUGUCAAAGUCGAAUAUUUCAAUCGAUAAUUUAGCAUGUACAUUUCGUCAAAAUUCAGAUGGACCCUAUUUGACAUUAGUAUCUGAACUUAAUCCAUCACGUCAAAUGGUCUUUAAUACACUUCGUCUAUUAUCUUUAAAUCCUAUUCUUCAUCGUCGUUAUGGUCAAUAUAUGAACGAUGGUAAUACUUUAUUCAAACGUGAACAAUGUGGUCGAUUUAUGUUCGAUAGUGAAAUAGAGAGUAGUUUACUCGAUCAAACAACAGACCCAUUUCUACGACUAAGACAUUAA